AUGUUUGCGGAUGCUUUAUCCAAACUUACAAAGGCCACAGCUUGCAUGGAGGUUGGCAAAGGAGGUGAAGGACAGACAAGCGAGGUGCAAGAAGAUUACCUGCCUGAGAGUGGUGCGGCAGAAGCUCCUAGCCCCGGCUCUACGAAAUGGGGCACAUCUGCUCCCAGUCAUUCUUCAACGGAGAGUCAGUUUUCUCUUCAUAGAAAGCCUCAAAACUUGAAGAUUGUUACCGAUUUCUACCGCAAUCCGGUACAGACAGAACGGUCAUCUGCUUUUCAUGGCAUAGGAGUACCUGUACCUCCUGGCUACCAUUCUCGGGUUCCAAAGUCUAACCCAUUUAGAGACCGCCCUAGGGUUGCAUCUUCACCUGGUAGUAUGAACCACUUACUGACGAGAGAGAGCAGAGCAGCCUCUUGCUCACUUCAAAAUUCUCCUUCACCUAUUAGGACACCUGGUGCCAUGAUCCCCAAGCAAAAGCCAAUGGGGACGCCUACUCCAUCAAACCCUUAUUAUUCGGCCUCACUGAAUACUACUCCUCGAACGGACAAAAGCGGUUCCAAAAUCCCUCGAAUGUCGCCGCGGAAUUUAUUCUCUGAAAGUGAUUCGGGGGCUGGUAAUAGCUCAAAAGCAACUGUCUUCUCUCCUUCAAAGAGAAGCUCGAUUCCACUCCCUUCUCGUCUGCUCCAGCAGAAUAGAGAGGAUAACGGCUCUGGAAACUUACCUGAAGGUACCACCCCAUCUGCUAUUUUUGAUAGAGCAGAGAAAAUUACCACCGACGGAACGGUGGCAAAGGAAAAUUCUUCCGGAAUGGACAAGGGCAAUAACCAUUCUAGCAUGAACCUGCGGCGCGAAUCCCAGGGUGAAAUGAAUAGUAAAACCGAGGGAAUGGAGGAAAAUGUCGACCCAUUCUCAGAUGAUAUUACUGUGAAGCAGCUUUCGAAGUCUGCUCCAAGUCACGGUCCGCAACUUCGUAUUUCAUCAGAGGCUGAGCGUCUCAUCAUGGGUGAUAACGAUAUCAAGGUGUUGGAGAAAAAUGUAAAAGAGAGCCGUUGUCCUAGUCGUGGCCCUAGUCGUCAAUCUGGACACAAGAGGGAAUUUCGACUCUCCACCGAUAGCCUCUUUGCGACCUUUUCCUCAAAACGCUCCAAGAAUUCAUCUUAUAGGCUGUCCUUCAGUGGUAAACCUCCAGCGGAGGAAGGCAGUCCUACACCUGCUGGAGGACAAGCCGGAAAAUCAAUCCCAAAAGCAAAGAGCGCUGAAUUUGGAAUUCGCCGAGCAUCCUCUGGCCAUCGCUCGAUGAGACGAAAAUCUUCCCCUGAAAAGGAGCCACCUCACCCAACUUCGGAAAAGCUUGAUGCUGACCCGUUCCUAGAUACAGAAGGUAAAGACUUGAAUUCCAAGCAGUCUACAUCGAUAGAUAGGGAACAAGUUGCAGAGCCCGGAAAACCUAACGAAGAGCCUUGCAGCUCCCCAGUCGUUGAAUCUGCCAAAAAGAGCUCUAUUCUCGUGGCUGUGACAGACAAUUCCCCAUCUCCAUCUAAGUCCGCAGGUCCAGUAGAGCGCACUCGGAAGUCCCAGAAUGAAGCACCUAAGGUGAAUUCUCCUAGAAGCCCUCGGCAUAAUAGCAAAAUUAGCGUUACGUAUGGCUCCCCUAGAAGAUACCCACACCGACCGUCUACCGAUAGAGCCCAUUAUAAGCCUAGACCAAACAAUGAUAUCCAUACCGGACCAGAUCAGCCUUCGUCACAGAAUGCAGAUAACCAGGGACAGAAAGAUAAGCGUCAUAAGAAGCGUCAUCACCGCUCUGCUGAUCCUAUCACCACCGCUCCGGAACCAAUUAAAACCAAAGGGUCAUCUUCCAAAGGAGUGUUCUCCAAUUUCCGUGGAUUGUUUUCAAAGAAUAAAUCUGAGGCACCAAAAGAAAUCAUGCGCCCUUUGAUAUCGUAUGCAAAGCCAACGGUUGCAAGUAACUUCAAACUAUCUGUGCCAGCGUCUCACUCUGUUCCUCAUCUUGGUACUAAUGGAAGCGGAGUUCCAAGUGGCACUUCAAAUGGAGACAUCAGCUACCGCCACCUCGAACCUCCACUCUCCCCUGCAUUGCGAGACACUGGAAUGAUUAGCACUAUCACGAUGGAGAUCCUUGAUUCAGCGCGAAAUGAAGUCGAUACAUCACGCAAGGAGAAGCUCAUUAGAGUAAGUGUCAUCAAACACAUUGACUGUUUCUAG